AUGAUGCACAAUGAUGAAAGACCUUUUGAGUGUGAUGAUUGUGGCAGAAGGUUUAGAGAUCGUGGAUCUAUAAUUUGUCACAUGUUGGUACAUACAGAAGAAAGGCCUUUUGAGUGUGAUAAGUGUGGCAGAAGGUUUAGAGAUCGUGGAUCUAUAAUACGUCACAUGUUGGUACAUACAGAAGAAAGGCCUUUUGAGUGUGAUGAUUGUGGCAGAAGGUUUAGAGAUCGUGGAUCUAUAAUUUGUCACAUGUUGGUACAUACAGAAGAAAGGCCUUUUGAGUGUGAUAAGUGUGGCAGAAGGUUUAGAGAUCGUGGAUCUAUAAUACGUCACAUGUUGGUACAUACAGAAGAAAGGCCUUUUGAGUGUGAUGAUUGUGGCAGAAGGUUUAGAGAUCGUGGAUCUAUAAUACGUCACAUGUUGGUACAUACAGAAGAAAGGCCUUUUGAGUGUGAUGAGUGUGGCAGAAGGUUUAGAGAUCGUGGAUCUAUAAUACGUCACAUGUUGGUACAUACAGAAGAAAGGCCUUUUGAGUGUGAUAAAUGUGGCAGAUUAUUUAAGUCACGUAAAGGUAUAAAAGCACACAUGCUAGUGCAUUUGAAUGAUAAACCUUCAUGA